UGGGUUCAGGCUGAUUUGAAGACGGCCCCUGAAUUCAGGCGGAGGGGACGGUUCGGCCUCCGGGGUGGCGCCUCUGUUGCUCUGGGUUUGAACUGGGAGUGAAGCGGCUGUUCCCGGGGAGAGGGUCCGGCCCCGGCCCCGGCCCCGGCAGGAGGCCCCAUGAGCGGCCGAGCGGCCCAGGCCGCCCUCCGGAUCCGCCAGAGCUUCGACUUCGGCAACCGCGACCUGGCCAAAUGGUUCCCCGGACACAUGGCGAAAGGACUUAAAAAGAUGCAAGCCAGUCUGAAAAAAGUGGAUUGCAUUAUUGAAGUUCAUGAUGCCAGAAUUCCUUUGUCUGGGCGUAACCCUGUGUUUGAGAAGACCUUGGGUGCCAGACCCCAUCUACUGGUACUAAACAAAAUGGAUUUAGCUGAUUUAACAAAUAAACAGAGAAUCCUGAGAGAAUUGGAACAACAAGGAAUCCAAAAUGUUCUCUUCACAGACUGCCUACGGGACAGGGACCUACACAUAAAGAAGAUUGUUCCUGCAGUUACAGAGCUCAUUCAGAAAGGUGACCGGUUUCACAGAGCAGAGAACUUGGAAUAUUGCCUGAUGGUAAUCGGUGUACCAAAUGUUGGGAAGUCGUCCCUCAUUAAUGCCAUGCGAAGAAUGUAUUUAAAGAAAGGCAAAGCCUCCAGAGUUGGUGGGGAACCAGGGGUUACCAGAGCUGUGCUCACAAAGAUUCAGGUCUGCGAGAGACCCCUCAUAUAUUUAUUAGAUACUCCUGGCGUCUUUUCUCCAUGCGUAGGAAGCUUGGAAGUUGGCAUGAAGUUGGCGCUCUGUGGAACUAUAUUGGACCACUUGGUUGGAGAAGAAGUAAUUGCAGAUUACCUACUUUUCACACUCAAUAAACAACAGAAGUUUGAUUAUGUUGAGCGAUACCAGCUGGCAGAGCCCUGUGAUGAUAUACAGACUGUGCUCAAAAAAAUAGCUGUAAAACUGGGCAAGACACAGAAAGUAAAAGCCAUCACGGGUGUUGGUGAUGUGAACAUUCUCAUACCAAACUACAGUGCUGCUGCAUAUGACUUCGUCAGAACAUUCCGGAAAGGAGAACUGGGGAAGGUUAUGCUGGACUAAAAUUAAAGCUCCACUUUUAAAAGCUGAAGAGCAGGAAACCUUGCCAAAGAUUUGAGGUGACCUAUGGUGAACUUGUGGAAAGAGUCCAUUCACAGUAUAUGGGAGCAGUAUUUAAGCCCCUUUAACAAUCACAAUUGUCAAGUGCUAAUUUGAAAAAUGAGGACUGCCUAGCUGACAAACAUGCUGGGCAUGACUGCUGCCACGUUUAACAUUCAAGGGACGUGCUAUCAGUAAGGUUCAAGAAUAAAAACCAGAUCAAGUAGGAGACUCUUGUACAUGUAUGGAAACCUCCCUAAGAUAAUGGUUGCAACAAGAAAAAGAGCUGAAUAAUAAAUCCAUCGCAGUGCUACACAGCUACCUUUUCAAAUCAGGAAAAAAUUAUGAAUAGUUACAGCUAAAAAUAUGCCUGGUAGAUGUCUGAAGUCAGGGAGCAGAACUAACAGACAAGUUAAAUGAGGAUGGUUCACAUCCACUACCUUUUAGUCAAAGUUAAGAAUCUUGAUUAAAUUGGGCUGCUUUUUUUGAAUAUUAGUUAAAACAGAAAAUGCUGAUGAUAUCACUGGGGAUCUGAUUUGGAGGAAUUACUGCACUUCCCUGGUGUGCCUAGGUAUGUUACAGUGCUGUACACAUUAACUCAGUACGUUAGGCUCAGUAGCUCCUUUUCACCCUGUUGUCAUGUUGCCUUCAGUAUUUCUUAUUUUUAAGCGGGAAUAGAUAUUUUGUAUGGUUUCUUAAUUCCAUCCUUUGUAGCAAUUUUUUUUAGAAGAAGCUUCUAAUGAGAAUAUUCCCUCUAAUUAUAGUUGAUUGCCUUUACUGUUUUUCAUCCAAGAUGAAUUGUGGUUUGCUAUGUUGAACGUGCUUUCUGAAAGGAUUAAAGAUUUGAAUUUCUAUUCAUGCGUUCAACUUCACUAGUUAUUUUUGUAUGUCCUCUGUACGAAAGACCCAGAUUAACUCUGCAUUGACCCAGAUUAACUCUGCAUUGACCCAAAUUCACUCUGCACUGACCCAGAUUUACACUACAUUCACUGGAAUUUGUCACAUUUUUGCUCCAGCAUUGUAGAGACUUCAGUGGCAUUACAUUGUCCUAGUUAACUGUCAUAUCCAGCAACUGCUCACUCUGUUCUACAAAAGCCGUCUUGUACAGUUGAAUAUGGUUAAAAACAAAAAACUGCGGAUGCUGGAAAUCCAAAACAAAAACAGAAUUACCUGAAAAAACUCAGCAGGUCUGGCAGCAUCGGCGGAGAAGAAAAGAGUUGACGUUUCGAGUCCUCAUGACCCUUCAGCAGAACUGAAAAGUAAAAUUUGAAUAUGGUCUUGUUCACAGUCAUCUAGGCUAGAAAUAUUCAUCUAGCUUAGAUGCAGCAACUUUAUUUUCUUUAUUUAAAUUAAUACACAAAACAGGACUAAAACUGCAUUAAGUAGCAUGAUGCAUCUAGAUUCUGAAUUUACUUUAGAUUAUCAGAGCAAGUUCGAAUGACAUGUAGCUCCUCUGUGGCAGCUAGAAGGCAUCCAUUACCCUUUGCGAAAUUAGCAAGUUAGGACGUUCCGGUCAGUCAGUAAAGGGGAUCCCCACAUGGCAUUGUCCACUGUCCCGCAGCACCAUCCAUCCUCUUGUUCUCUUCCCAAAUUGCAAAUAUUCCUGUGAUUUUUUUUUCAUUGCAUUCGAUUCAGACAUUUAACAAAUUUGAAGCAAGUGGUUAUUGUGAUGGUGUACUUUAUUGUGUAGCACAAGGCACCCCAACCAGAAUGAUAUUUCUGUAUUCCAGCUAAAGUGAUGCUGUAUAUAAAUGUAAAUGAUGGAAAAGACAAUGAAGUAAAAUUUGGUUCAUGCAAUUUUAAGCCAUCACAUCAUAUGGCAAGAUGGUUUAUAUAAGCUGUAAUUACUGUCUCCAGUAUGUUUUUAAAGAUGUGUUGUAUUAAACCAAUAUUACACCAUA